AUGGACUCGUCGUCGCUCGACCCGAGACUGAGGACCGCGAGCGACAGCAGCUACCGCGCCCCCAACAGCAAUCUCAACAACAUCCACGGCGCAGACAACAGCGCUGCUGGCCGCAGUUUUGCGGCGCCAAGCCAAGCUUCCGCCGAGCCACACUCGGCCACGACGGCGGCGGCGUCGUCCUCCGCCGUGCCAAGCCGUAACAUCACGAGCACAACAACCCGCUCCCCGCAAUCCCUCAGCACGCCGACCGGGCCCCCUUCCCACCCUUCCGUCUCCGUAGCCGACACUCCCGCCACGAACCCUUCGCCGCGGUCUGGCGCCGCUCCCAACCACGACGAUGACGAUGACGACGAGGACGAGGACGACAACGAGGAGGAGGAGGACCGCAGCCACGACCACGGCGUGCACGACUCGCCCAGCCAGGCAGCCGUGAGCGCGCUGCUGCCCGCCGGCGCCGGCGACCCCAAGAAGCCGCGCGCGUGCGAGGCCUGCCGCGGCCUCAAGGUCCGCUGCGACCCGGACCCGGCCAACCCGGACGGGCCGUGCAAGCGCUGCGCCAAGGCGGGCCGCAGCUGCGUCGUCACGCAGCCCACGCGCAAGCGGCAGAAGAAGACGGACAGCCGCGUCGCCGAGCUGGAGAAGAAGAUCGACGCCCUGACGCAGAGCCUGCAGGCCUCGAGGGGCGCCGCGGCCGCGACGGUGGGAGGAGCAGGAGGAGGCGGAGGAGGGGUGGGCGGGGGCUUGUCGUCGUCGUUGUCGUUGGGCGGCGGGGGCCUGCGCGGCGCGUCGGCCGGCGACGACGGCCACGAUGCUGCUGGCAGGCUGAUGCCGGCCCGGACGUGGUCCACGCCGCCGUCGCGCGAGCACGCGCCGCCGCCCCCGCCGCUGCCGCAGUCGACCAAGACACAUCGGAGGGCGUCCCCGUACGGCUCGAUCUCCGACCGGUCGGCGACUUUCCCGCCGCCCCCGCCGCCACCCAUGGUCAUGGCCGGACAGAAGAGGAAGCACGUCGAGAGCCGGGACAGCCAGGGCCCCGAGGACGUCAAGGACGUGCCGCCGUCUGUGACAUCUGGAGUCGGCAGCCUCGGCCACGAGUACACAGACAUUGUCGAUCGGGGCAUCAUCUCGAUGGAAAAGGCCGUCGAGCUCUUCUACCGGUAUACGGAAAAGAUGUCACCCCACCUGCCGGCCGUCAUAUUCCCUGAGGGCACGACCGCGGCCGAGAUCAGGAAGAGCAAGCCGACCUUAUUCCACGCCAUCAUGGCCGCCGCGUCCUCGGAGCUGCCCAACGUCCAGCGCGCCAUCGUCAAGGAGCUGCAGCAGAUAUUCGCCGACAAGAUCGUCGUCGCCGGCGAGAAGAGCCUCGAGCUGGUCCAGGCCCUGCAGGUCGCCGUCAUCUGGUACUGGCCGCCCGAGCACUUUGAGGAGCUCAAGUUCUACCAGUUCGUCCACAUGGCCGCCAUCAUGUCCAUCGACAUCGGGCUCGGCCGGAAGAAGUCCGGGCGCCACCCGCGGCACGUCCCCUACGCCUGGCGCGACCACCCCUUCAAGAAGCACCCGCCGCCGGACCCGUGCAGCAUCGAGGCCAGGCGGGCCUGGCUGGCGUGCUACUACCUGACGACCAACACCUCCAUGGCCCUGCAUCGGCCCAACCUCCUGCGCUGGUCCCCGUUUAUGGCCGAGUCGCUCGAGGUGCUCAAGACCUCGCCCGAGGCGGUGCCCUCGGACAAGUACCUGGCCCACCUCGUCUGGUCGCACAAGCUGUCGGAGGACAUUGGCUACGAGUUCCAGAUGGACGACCCGUCGGCGGUCAUCAGCCUCGCGGACCGCCGGACGCAGUACGCCCUCAAGGGCUUUGAGCACGAGCUGGAGAAGUUCUGGUCCUCCCUCAGCAAACAAGACAUACAACCCUCGCUACGACUCGGCAUCCACGUCGUCAGCCUCUACAUGCACGAGAUCGUGAUGCAGGCCGAGGACGACCCGCGCGGCGAGGAGCUGCCCAGGCCGCCGUACUCGAGCGAGUCGAUGCAGGGCUACAUCUGCAUCGGCGCGCUGACGCCGGCGCACAUCAACGCGCUGUCCGAGUGCCUGACGGCCAUCCACGGCGUCUUCGACACCUUCUUGUCGCUCGACGUCGCCGUCGUCCGCUGCAUGCCCGUCUUCAACUUUGUGCGCAUCGCCUACGCCACCGUCGUCCUCAUCAAGAUGUACUUUGCCGUCACCGCCCCGGACUCGGAGCUCGGCUCCAUCAUCAGCAGGGAGGACAUGGACGUCGAGCGCCACCUCGAGCGCCUGCUCGACAAGUUCCGCGCCACGGCCGCCGAGGACAGGUCCCGCCCCGCGGCCAAGUUCCUCGUCGUGCUGGUCAUGAUCCGCUCCUGGUUCCAGAAGCAAGGGGGCGCCGCCGCCGCCGUCGAGGGACGUCCGGUGGGGGCGUCCUCCGCGGCACACCAAAAGGACGGAGCGACGGCGUCGACGACGACGACGAUGAUUGGAGCCCCGCCGCAUCUCCAGCAACAGCAGCAGCAGCAGCAACGGGGCAGCUUCCCGUCGUCGGCAAACACGCCCCUCCAUCUCCUCUCCGAGAUCGCCACCAACGACGGCGCGGCCGCUACCGCAACGCCAAGCGGCAACAGCCUCGCCGCCGCCGCCAACGCCACCUCGAUGGCCGCCCCCCUGCCCCCCUGGCUCAGCAACAUCCAGACGCCCCAGCCCUUCACCUACGACGGCACCAGCAACACGGCGGCGGCCCUGUCGGCGCGCGGGGACCAGCCGCGGGGCAGCGGCGGGGCAGGCACGGCAGCAGCAGCAGCAGCAGCGGGGGGAGCAGGGGGCAGCUUCGGCAGCCUCGCGCAGCAGCAGCAGCAGAUGAACAUGCCCUGGCUCGGGCUGGGCACCGACUUCGACUACAGCAACCUCGGCGACGGGUUCGCGCAGGCCAUGGACAUGACGCUGGCCGAGAUGAACGACAGCGGCUUCAACCUGCAGGAGGACGGCAUCCGGCUCGUCAUGAACGAGCCCUGGUUCUCGGGCGGCAUGUUCUUCAACGGGCCCUCUUGA